AAAAACUCUAUGCACGUGAUGUUGAUUCUAAAUGUGGAGGGAAACCCGGAGGACCCGCAUAUAAAUUCACCGGACCAUGGAAAGUGAGGGAUGCAAACUCCAAAUAUUAAGACAUCAGCGUCGGGAUCAAACCAAUGACAUACUGUACGAAUGAGCCACGGCAUUAGGCGUGUUCACCUUAGGCUGAGCACCUUGGGGUGCGGUUCACAUUCCACGCAAUGUCCCAUGAUGUCAGUGAUGACAAUGAAAGUAUUUGAUUUUUUACUUCCUUGUUCACCACCGCUAUAAGAGAGAGGUCUUGGUCCAGCAUCUCUCUGAGCCACACAACGAGUGAUCCCAGUGAAGCCCAUGGGUCAUGGCGAGCGCGACUGCCAGUGAAAGUGUGGAUAGUGAGCUACGCUGCCCUGUCUGCCUGGGCACGUUCGACUGCCCCUCUACGCUGAGCUGCGGACACUCGUUCUGCCUCCGGUGCCUGGAGGCCGCCUGGGCGACGGCGAGCAGCUUCAGCUGCCCGCAGUGCCGAGCGACCUUCCCUGUGCGACCCCAGCUGAGGAGGAACGUGGCCCUCGCCAACCUCGUGAAGCAGCUCAGAGUUGGAGACGGGAUGGCCAGGGCCAUCGUGUGUGACAUCUGCACUGACGGCCAGACCCCUGCAGUGAAGACCUGCCUGAGAUGUGAGAUGUCCUACUGUGCGACGCACUUGAGGCCUCAUGUAGAGAAUCCCAGGUUGAGAGACCACGCCGUGGUGGCUCCCAUCACGAACCUGGAGGAGCGAAGAUGCAAGGAGCACAGAAAGGAGCUGAAGUACUUCUGUGAACAGGAUGGGAUCCCGGUCUGCACAGGCUGCACCAUCACUGGAGACCACUCUGGACACAGAGUCAUCACAGUGGAGAAAGCGCAACAGACAAGACAGGAGGAGCUCAGAGUCAAGAAGGAGGGGAGAGAGGAGAAGAGGAACACGGCGGCGUCACGGACACGGACACUCAGGGAUGACUACCGGCGCGUGGAGGAGUAUGUGCGUGGGACCAAGGAGCGGAUCAAGCGAGAGUUUGAGCGCCGGAGGGAGCAGCUGAGGGUAGAGGAGAGGGAGGCGCUGGAGCACGUGGACGAGGAGGGCCGCUCCGUGCUGUCCCGCAUCCAGGCGGACAUCGCUCGCUACGAGAGCAGAGCACGCGGCCUGGAGCAGGAGAUCAACCAGCUGCUCGCUGCCCUCGCCGUGCAGGACCCGCUCUCCUUCCUGCAGGAUCCCCUGCAUGAAAGUCUCAGGUCAUGCAGGAAGAGCUCGGUAUCCCAGGAGACUCAGGAUGACCCAGCCCCUAUCUCCACCGGCCUGAACCUCGCAAAAGUCAUCCCAGUGGGAGACGUCCGAACGAAUCUCCUGGCUGCUCUAUAUGGACGCUCACCGACUCUGGACACAAACUCAGCCCACAACCGCCUCCAGAUUUCCUCGGAUCUCAGGACGGUGACACUGAGCAGUGUCCCCAAGAAUCGUCUCCAUCACCCACACCGCUUUGAUUACUGGCAACAAGCUCUGUGCUCUGAGAGCUUCUCAUCAGGGCAGCACUACUGGGAGGUGGACGUGGGGAGUGCGGGACAGUGGUGUCGGAUUGGAGUCGCGUACGGGACGAUCCUACGGAGAGGGCGUGGUGAUGAGUGCCGCCUGGGAGGGAGUGACGUGUCCUGGUGUCUACGGAAACGUGGCGACAGCUUCUCAGUGGUGCAUUGUGGGGUAAAAACGUCACUGUCGGUGCUAGAGCCUCCGCGGAGAGUCGGGGUUCAUCUGGACUGGGACGCGGGGCUGCUGUCGUUUUACAGCGCCGAUUCCAUGAUACUCUUGUACUCGUUUCACCAAACAUUCACUCAGCCCCUACAUCCUGGGAUGCUGGUGGGGUGGUGGGGUGAUGAUGGUGACUCAGUGAGGAUUCUGGAUCUGAGUUGUGCGUCCUGAGAGAGGUGAACGUGAACAGCGCUGAGAGCAGACGCCACGAUGCACGGCGCUCGCCACCCUCGUCACCAUCACGCGCAGUGCCACGCCCGUGGCUGGCCGGUGGCUGUCGGUGGCCGUCGGUGGCGAGGAGAAGCAUGGCUCUCCAUCAUAAAGGGGGGUUAAGCAUAAACAAUCCUCACAAUAUUUCUAGGGGGUUAUAAAAUCAGUACCGCUCUGUGUGUGAAGCCAAUGUGAAUGUAUUCACAGUGCCAGAGGAGUGUGAGAAUAGUGUAGGGGUGCAGUGAUUAGCAAUGGUGAACUGGGAUGUGUUCAUAGACUGCUAUAAUUGAUUAUGGGAGACACACAACAAUAAUAUGAAUUUUAAAAGGUUUAAAUCUACACGUAUGACAAUGACAUUGUAAUCCUUGCAUUGUUGAUUCGACAAUAAAAAUACAGAGCACAAAUAAUAA